GUAGAUAGUGAGGGAGAGAUCUCAAAUGUUCAACAACAUCGUAUAAUGGAGAAACAGAUCCAGCAAUCUCUUCACUUCUACAUCUUCUCCACCAUCUCCAUUCUCCUCCUCCAUGCCUCUUCCGCACAAAAGGCCUCCAGCUUCUCCACCCAACUCAACAACCGGCGCCUCCUCUCCUCCUUCGACGCCGACAACUCUCUCGUCGUCGAACCAUCUCUCGUCUUUCACAAUCCACGGCUCGAAAAUGCCUACAUUGCAUUACAGGUAAAGGCGAUAAUUUGCUUUGAGGCGAUCCAUUUUCUCCGACCCAAAAACGUCACUGAAAAUUGGAGCGGCUCUGACGUCUGCAACUACACUGGCAUAGUCUGUGCCCCCUCCCCCGACUGCCACUCGGAGCUCACCGUCGCUGGUGUCGAGCUCAACCACGCCGACAUUGCCGGGGAACUCCCAGACGAACUCGGCCUCCUAUACGAUGUUGCUUGGUUUCACCUGAACUCUAAUCGAUUUUGUGGUCGAAUCCCUCAAAGUUUCAUGAACUUCAAGUUACUCUACGAGCUCGACCUCAGCAACAACAGAUUUGCUGGAAAAUUUCCUGGCGUUGUCCUCCGGAUUCCCAAUCUCAAGUACCUCGAUCUCAGAUUCAAUGAUUUUGAAGGCAAGAUUCCCCAACGACUCUUUGAGAAAAAUCUCGACGCCAUUUUCAUCAACAACAAUAGAUUCUCCUCAAUCUCGCCGGAGAACAUUGGGAGCUCGCCGGCGUCGGUCCUAGUCCUCGCCAACAACGGUUUCCGAGGGUGUUUUCCGGCGAGCUUGGGGAACAUGUCGAGAACACUGAACGAGAUCAUUCUCAAAAACAACGAGUUUAGAUCGUGUUUGCCGAGUGAGAUUGGAUUGUUGAAGAACGUAACGGUGUUUGACGUGGGGUUUAAUCGGAUAACUGGAACGUUGCCAGAGAGCAUGGCGGAGAUGGAGAGUCUGGUGCAUUUAGGUCUUUCUAAUAACAAGUUGACAGGCAAUAUUUCGGCGGGCCUUUGCUCAUUGCCGGGACUGGUUAGCUUCGCCUCUGAUUAUAAUUACUUCACCGGAUGUUCAUCAAAGUGCGAAAAAUCGCCCGGUUUUGACGAUCGGAGGAAUUGUGUGAAAGGGAGGCCCACACAGAGGUCUUCUUUGCAGUGUAAGAUGUUCUUGUCUCGGCAGAUAGAUUGUAAUGCUUUUAGAUGUCCUCCCCCUCCACUUCUGCAGCCAUCCCCACCAAUUCCACCCCCUCCUCCGCCACCGCCGCCGCCACAAUUACCGCCUCCACCCGCUCUAUCGUCAUCGCCACCGCCUACUUAUUCUCCUCCUCCGUGCCCAAAUCUACCGCCUCCACCACCACCAUGUGCACAACCAUCUACGCCACCAUCACCCCCGCCGUGCGAGCCACAUCAGCCGCCACCAGUAGCUGCGGUUCCAGAUGCAUCUCCACCACCACCACCACCAUCAAGUUUGUAA